AAUACAAUUUCUUGCGAACAAGAUUUUCGGGUUUCGGAUGCUGUACCCAAGCCCCCAACCUUCCUGGCCGUACGGUACCAUACCGUACUGAGUACCGUACUGUAAUAGCGGUAGUACUUUUCCGUAUUACGUACCGAUAGAAUCGAAUCAAUCGUUGUGAAAUCGCUUUCGAACACGAUACCUGUACUACCAGACAGAAUGCAUCGCACCGGUCGGCGACGCAAGACAUUACAAACCAGAUACGGGUGCGCAGCGGAGAAUGCUUUCAUCGCAAUGGACCGGCAUCGUGCUUCGAAUGGCUAGGGUGCGACCGCUCGGGCCGAAUGCCUCGGGCUGCAUUUCUAAAACUAGACUAUGCCUCGCUGCCACCGAGUGCGGCGACGGUUGUUCGGAGCCGUCGGCUGGCCGUUUCCGGAGACAGCAAUAUCCUAGAUAUUUCUCGUCAUCGGGUGCUGGGGUGAAACCUAGCAACACAGGAAAAGGCACAAAUUUGAUUCGCCUCACGAAGCGCAUGGGAGAGCUAGACAUGUUCAGCCGCAGGGAGGCCGAUCGAUUGAUCCAGGACGGCCGUGUGCUCUUGGAUGGUGAGGUGGUAGAGGUUGGACACAAGGUGCCCCCGGAUUUGCAAGCCGAUCGCAUUUUUGUCGUUGAUGAAGGAGGAAGCUCAGCUGGACACACGAAUCAAAGGCACACUACUGGCGAUGUGGUGACCGCCGUGGUUUUGAACAAACCUCUGGGGUAUGUCUCGGGGCAGGCCGAGCACGGCAAUCCCCCGGCGAUAAGGCUGCUCACGAAGCGGAACCGCGCAUGGGGCAAACACGACGACUACGACAGCGAUUGUGGUAGCGAUACCAGGCACUGGAAGGGCUUUGCCCCUGCGGGCCGCCUCGACCGGCUCUCUACGGGUCUCCUGGUCUUUACCAGCAACGGCGUCCUUGCGAAGAAACUCAUCGGGGCGGCCUCCACCAUCGAAAAGGAGUAUAUUGUCGAUUUGGAGCCAGCCCUUCGCCCGACAAAGAUGGAGCGCUCUAUCGAUCCGAGCUACGUUCCACCCCCUCCAACGCUCGACCUCGCGGAGCUACGAAAAGGGGGCAGAUUCCUGCUGGGCGACGAGCAUCGGCCCCUGAAACCCUGCCCGCAGGUUGAGUGGAUUGGUGGUGCCGAGGGAGAGAACGAGACCCGACAACUGCGGAUUGUUCUCACCGAGGGGAGGAAGCACCAUGUCCGGCGAGUGUGCCGAGAGCUUCUGGGGCAGCACGUGGUAGGGUUGAGGCGGGUGCGGAUCGGCCCGAUCGAGCUGAUGCCCGACGACGGAGCGGCGGGAGGCGAGUCCCUGCCGGUGGGCUGCUGGAGGCCACUUCGCGAGGAAGAGUUAGAGGCUCUACUUCGAAGGCACGGGUAGUGUCGGAGUUGGUAUGGGUCUUUCUUUCGUGGCCGCCGUCCGCGGUAUGAGAUGGAUUCGAACGACAGUGCCAUGGUUUGCUCAGAUCCAUCCAUCACCUGCUACAACUUGUCACGA